AUGGCCGAGCUCGCGCAUUUUCAGCUAAGCCAAGCGCUGAAUGUAAUUGCACCUGAGGAUAAGGCGGCUUAUCUAGAAGCUGCCACGAAAGUCCCAGGCCUCGUCCAGAAGGAAUCCAAUUUUGUAUCCUUUUUUCGAUGUGAUCGAGGCGAUUCAGACAACGCAUGCCGCCGACUGAUCGCGUAUUGGCAGAUGAGGUGCGAGAUAUUUCAAGAACGAGCCUUUCUCCCUUUAAACUUACUCGGCAACGGAGCGCUCACAUCCGAUGAGGUAGAUUUACUCCAACAGGGUAGUGUCGUUUUGCUUCCAGCGGACAGUGCCAAGCGAAGUGUUGUUUUUCUCGACUACUCCAAGUGCCCCGAGAUUUGCAAAAAGAAUCAUAACGUUUGGAUGCGACUUAUCUUCUACCUUCUCCAUCUUGUUUCGGAGAGCGAAAAGGCGCAAUCGGAGGGCUUCAUUGUUUUAUGCAGAGCUAUCAACGUGACUGCGGCAGACCUUCCGCUCGAGUCUGUCUUGGCUCUUUCAGACUUGAUGCUGAAUUCGUUUCACGCUCAAGCAAAGCGUAUUCACGUUAUUGUUCCGCCGCGAACCGUCACAACAAACUCUUUUAUGUCUGGCGUUUUGAAGCGAUUGGGCAGUUCGUUGGGGGGGAAGGUAGUUUUUCAUCUCUUGGACGAAGAGACGGCGACUAGAGACCAGCUUCACUCGUACGGGCUUAUCAAAGAGGGGCUACCGACGUGUUUUGGUGGCACAUGGUCCCAUGAACUGUUUGAGAGAAUUCUUUUAACUCGAAAUCAUCAGGAUUUGGUCAAUGAACAGCUUAGGGUAACCGCCAAACGUGACGCUGAGCGCACAGAGUCUUUUGAUGUCCUAAAGGAAGUUCUGAAUGAAAAGGAAAGUCUGAAGUCGUCCGGUGAAAAUUUGAAAUUCUUGUCAAAGGAAGGCACAGAAUUCGUUACGAUACUUAAAGACCUAAAUGAGGCGAUGACGUUGUUACCUGAGAGUCUAAUCAAAGUAUACAAAAGAGCCCUGAAAGAUUGUCCUGAGGUCGUUGAACGGGAGUCUCAUCCUUUGACAUUCCUUCGCUUCGAAUAUUGGGAUCCAUGGGCAGCAGCAUCUCGAUUGGCGACUUACUGGAUGGAGAGGUUUGAAUUUUUUGGCAAAAAAGCGUUUCUUCCAAUGGUUGGGGGUGCUGCAUUGCAAGGUUCAGAUCUUCAAGUAAUAAACAGAAACUCGCUCCUUGUUUUGCCGAAUCAUAAAACGGGGCGCAGCGUUUUGUACAUGGAUCGAUCGAGGGUGCCAUUUGAUAGCAAGAGCACAAGGCCCCAGAAGCUUCGGAUGCUGUUUGCGUGUCUUACUGAGCUUUCUAGAAACAGUAUGUCACAAGAAGAGGGGUUUUGUCUCCUUGCACGAUUAUGCAGCGAGGGCCCAAGCGGAUUUGACAGAUAUGUAUUGACGCGAUCUUUGGAUCUUGUACGUAAAGCGUUUCCUAUUCGAAUUGCCAAGGCAGUUUUUGUUAAUAUAGCUCAACAAGGGGUAAAGCGGACUUUAUUGAAGAGCUUCGUACCAUUUUGGAUAAAGCUUCUCGGCCCAGCAAUUAGAGACAUGGCGCAAUUCAUCUUUUGUGAAACCGGGCCAGAGCUCUUAUUGACCUUAGAAAGUGAUGGUUUCAAGGCCGAUGCAAUUCCACAGGACCUGGGGGGCUCAUGGACUCCGGAAGAACAUGCAGUAACCAAAUCGAGCCACGUGGUAAGUGCAACCGAGCAGUUCAAAAUGUCAGCUCGGUCCCGUUUAGAAGAUGCAAUUUCUAUCAUCCCAGAGGACAAAAAGGCUGCGUAUUUAGAAGCCAAAGCACGCUGUUCACAUCUGGUUCAAACUGAAUCAAAUUCUUCUUAUUUUUUACGUCGAGAGGCCUACGAUGUUUGGGCGGCUGCUAAGCGUCUUGUGGCUUACUGGGACGAACGAAAGAAAAUAUUUGGUGAGCGAGCGUUCCGACCCAUGAUCUUGACAGGUGAAGGGGCUUUGUCUCUAUUGGAUAUUGAAGUUUUCAAAACAGGGUAUUUGGUGUUACUCCCUGCCGACUACAAUGGCCGGGCUGUGAUAUGUUAUGAUCCUUCUCGGCUGAGCAGUGAUUGUCGUGAAACAAGACUGCGCUGCUUGUUCUAUGUGAUGACAAUUGCCUGCGAGUACGAGAAAACGUUCGAGGAGGGAUUCAUCGGAAUGGCAAUCAUCAAUAAAUCUGGCUUCCAACGUACGCUCGGACUCCAUGGUCCCCAAGAUUUAGUGUCUAGGGCACUGCCGGUAAAACUUGCUGGUUCACAUGUGGUCCAUUGUCCACGUCAAAUCAGAAAGGAAUGGUUUCUUGAGCGAAUGUUGCCUGUUUUGAUGAGACUAGUUAGCAAAGCUACUACUCGAGUUGUGGCACACGCUGGAGGCUCUAGAGAAGAGCAACUUCACGGCAUUCUUGCUGUUGGCUUGGAAAAGGAAGGCCUGCCCACGACUAUCGGCGGAACUUGGUCGUACGACUCUGACUUUCCCCAGUGGAUAGCUGAUCGGGUUCAAUCAGAACGGGUUCGAUACAAUUUAAUUCCUGCGCAAUCUUUAACAACGGCGAACGCUCCGGAAGACCGGGAAGAAACUCGCAAACGAAAGAUGGGCGCAAUCUAUUCACGGCGAAAGCGAGCUCGCCAAAGAGAGAAGCUCGAUUCUCUACAUACUAAAUCAUAUGAUCUUAGCAGCAGAAAUGAUGCUCUACGAAGAGAAGGUUCACGUUUAGAAAAAUUGCUGGAACGGGCCAAACAUGAGGUUGGUGUAUACCAAGGGACAUCGGCAUCCUCUGGGGCCACUGACAUUGCUAUAAAGAACUUUACCGCUUCCCGAGCCGCAUCGCUUUUUCAAACCUCUUUUUAUCCGCGAAAUAUUGUUGAGCAACAGGCGCCGUCGCAUGUGGCUCGCGAUCAUACCCUGCUGGGACAUUCGGUCCCAACAAGCCUCAAAGAAGGUUCUAAGCGGCCACCGUCAAUGAUGAGCAUAUUACAAUCCAAACUCGGUUCCUCGUCUGCUGUGGGUCCAUUUGAAAUGACGUACGGACAUCAGUCGCGUUCGCAGAUGAAUCCAUCAUUGGGUUCAGCGUUUGUGGGGACGCCUUGGGCUCCUGCUACCACGACCCCAUCUAUGCGUCCGACUUCCAACCAGCAAGCCGUCCCAUACGCUGCAGCCAUGACUUCGAAUAUGGAAGGGUCCACCCAGAACCUUGAUCUCGGCUCUCUCCAAGGUCUACCGUCUUCGGCCCGAAUCGCGCUGGCAAAGUAUAGGCAACAAAGCAGGGAGGACCAAGGCAAUCAGUAA